UUCUUGAUUAUCAAAUCUCUACUCUAAUCUUGUUUCUCUUUUUACAACAAGAACAAGCUCUACUCCUGCAGACUACAAGAGGCCAAGGAAAGACUGACGGUAUGUCUACAGUGAAGCAAUGGCUACAGAGAUCAAAGAGCACAGCUCCGCCUCAAGUUCCCUCUCAACCUCCUCAGUUGUUCAUUCCAGUGAUAAGAGACUGUGAUGGUACUAUUCCACCACUACACCUUGUUCCUUGGAGGGAGACGGUCCUUGCAGCUUACACUGGGCCUAAUGCUGGCCUUACUAGCCUUGAUAUGAACCAAGAAGGUUCACCAUCUUGCUCACUUCCUUUAGCUGGUGCCACCGACUGGAACAAACCUUCAGAAAGAGCUUAUGGUAUAUCACUGUCAUUGUAUGAAGAAGAGAUUAUUGAACAAAGCCCUGCAUUGGCUAAGAAGGAAGCACCCAGUCUUGCUGCUAAAGAGAAGGACCCUCCUACUUUACAAGAGGAAAUAAAAGAGAGGGCAGUGGUCGUUACUGCACAAGAGAGAGAAAGAGAGCAUCCUCCUUCUUUGAAAGAUGAUAAUGAAUCUCAUCAUGAUGGUGGUGACAUUGACCCGUUCCCUGCUCCUCCUCCACUGAGCAGGAACAAGUCAACCAUUAAUAAACCUUCCCUCUCAGUUCCAGCUCCUUCCCUCCCUCCCUCCUCCUCUCCUCGAGUGAAAAGAGUUGCUGGUGAACCUGUUGCUGAUGUGUUUGCUGUUCUUGCUAGAGAGAACAAUACAAUAAUGGCCAUAGCUGAUGGGGUCAACUGGGGAAAGAAACCCCGACUAGCAGCAAGGUGUGCUGUUCAAACAGCCAUAGCAUAUAUAUCGGAUAAUAUCAAUAAGAUUAAUGCCACACCUCACUCUCGCACACUGACCACCCUCCUACUAGAGGCAAUGGAGAAUGCUCAUCAGUGUAUACUGGAACACAGUGGGACAUUAACGACACUAAGUAUUGGCAUCGUCUGUCAAUUGAAACCAAAUAAGAAAACAUUAUUAACAACCUCAACCCCGAACUCUUCUUCAACUCUCUCUCGCUCCUCCUCUAACUGGGGCCUAUUCAUUGCUAGUGUUGGUGAUAGUCCUAUCUUUGUCUAUUCUCCUACUAACAAAUCAAUCACUGAAGCUACUGUUGCCUGUCAUCCUAAGGACGGGAUAAGGACAGCUGCUUUCUCUGGGGGAGCACUGGGUCCUGCCAUUGGGACACAGGCAGAUAUGGAGAACCUCUCCCUCAACUAUCUACCCGUGGCUGAAGGUGACAUUGUGUUCAUGACGACUGAUGGUAUUUCUGAUAACUUUUAUCCUCAAGUCAUUAGACCAGGUGAGUACAGAGACGCCAAGAAAGGUCCUACAACUGACGUUGAAAGUAGUACUGGGUUCCUCAUGGUAUCACCGUCAACUUCUCUUCCCUCCUCCACUGGCCUUCCUUCUUCUAAAGUCUCUACACCGUCCUCACGUCUUGAAAUGAGGUGCUGUGAGAAUAUUCCGGAACUAGCUGAUCACCUCAGGCGACACGAGUCUAUUCUCAACGGACAUAUUUCAGCUCAAACUGUAGCAGCUUCUCUUGUUAAUUUUGCUGUAGAGAUCACUGACGAAAAGAGACGAUUCUUCACUGAAUGCAAGGAGAAAGGAGUCAUGGUGAAGUCAAAGUCCAGGGAGGACCCAGAGUUUGAUAAACUAGUGAAAAGAUUACCAGGGAAGCUGGACCAUGCUACAGUAGUGGCUUGUACUGUAGGCAAACACAAAUAGCAAUAAUAUGACAUAUAUAUAUAUAUAUAUAUAUACUGGCAUAUUAAAGCAUCUUUUAAUGGACAAUAACUACUCAAUUUAUGUUCAUAUAUAUAUUAUAUUAAAUGUUUUAUCACUUAUUUUGAU